UCUUUGUGACGUUAGGUCCUCCUUUUAACCCGCAAGGUGAGGGUGUGGGAGAAAGAAUGAAUAAGGAGUUACUCUAAAGCGCUCCGGAUCGAUCUCAUUCGCAUUAUCGUGCAUCAAACAGCAUCGGGACACAUCUUCCUCAGCGGGAUAUAUUGAAACUUUUCCAUAAGCAGCUGGUGACAGCAGCGGAUCUCAGGUGAUCAGGAAAUACCGGCCAUGGCCCGGCGUAUAUCGCCUGUUGUCGCUUUUCUGCUUUGUUUUGGAUUAUCGCAUGUGUUCGAGGCUGAAGCCAGAUUCCGGCACUCUGUGGCCCUCCACAGGCAGAAGAGGGAAUGGAUCGUCCCUCCCCAAAUCCUAGAGGAGAAUAUCGAUUACACCAAGAAAGAAUUCAUUGCAAAAAUUCGCUCAGACAAGGAAGAUCCAAACAUGAAAAAUUUGAGGUACUCACUAACGGGCGUCGGCGCAGACAAGGAGCCAUUCAAUUUAUUUGUGGUGAAUCCUGAAAAUGGAUACGUAAGAAUAACGGGGAUCCUCGACAGAGAGGCUGUUGCACAAUACAAUCUUUCAGGGGUUGCUAGGUUCACAGAUGGCACAAUUGCAGAGAACAACAUUGGGCUAAGAAUAAAAGUGAAGGAUCAGAAUGAUAAUCCACCGGUUUUUGGUCAGAUGAAUCCAGGGGCUGUAGAUGAACUCAGUGACAUAGGUACAUCAGUGAUGAAGAUCAAUUGCUUUGAUGCUGAUGAGCCAGGAAACGCAAACUCUCAAAUCAAGUAUGAGAUUGUUGAGCAGCAACCAGCUGGGCAGUAUAUGUUCAGAGUUGACAAUGACGGGAUAGUCCGUGUUGCCAAUCCUAACCUGGAUAGAGAGACUAUUGAUCAGUAUGUCCUGCUUGUCAAAGCAUCUGACCUGAACGGUGCCGCAGGCGGCAAUGCCGCCACAGGGACAGUCGUCAUCCAGAUCAAUGAUGUCAAUGAUAAUGUGCCUACAUUGCAAGGCCCAUUUGACGCCAGUAUUGAGGAAAAUACAGAGAAAGUGGAGGUGAUGAGACUCAAAGCAAGUGACUUGGAUCUUAAGGACACGGACAACUGGGUGGCCAAUUGCUUUAUUGAUUCAGGCAAUGAAGCUGGAUACUUCAGCAUUAAAAUGGACCCAAAGACCAAUGAGGCAAUCCUGAUGCUUGACAAGGCUGUUGAUUAUGAGGACAUCCAAGACCUGAAACUUGGCAUCGGUGUACGCAACGUAGCUCCGUUCCACACCUCUGUGAGUUCAAUGAACUCUGGAAUGACUGUCAGCAUGGGGGGCGGCGGUGGAGGUGGAGGAGGAGGAGGAGGAGGCGGAGGAGGAGGAGGAGGAGGCGGCGGCGGUGGUGGUGGUGGUGGUGGUAGCAGUUCAUGGUCAUCGUCAGGCGGUCAGCUCUACAACGUGAACAUAAAGGUGAAAAACCAGCCAGAAGGUCCCAAGUUCUCGCCCCAUACAAAAGCCAUCCCCAUCUCAGAAGGCAAGACUUUUAACAGCAAUGAGGUCAUUGCAAGGUACCCGGCUAUUGAUACAGACACAGGAAAGGAAGCUACCAACGUAAAGUACAUUAAAGCAGUUGACCCAGAUAACUGGCUGACCAUCGAUGAGAAAACUGGGGCCAUUCGAAUGAACAAGGCUCCUGACCGCGAGUCCAAGUAUCUAGUUAACGGCACCUACUAUGCCCAGGUUUACAGCAUAACUCAAGACUUGCCUGCUAAGACAGCAACAGGCACCAUUGCCAUCCAGGUAGAGGAUUUUAAUGACCACUGCCCCACUUUGGCAAGCAAAGUCCAGACACUUUGUACUGAAAAGCAAGCAGUCUUAGUCACUGCAGUGGAUGAGGAUGCACCACCCAAUGGAGCUCCAUUCACCUUCAAUGUUGUCCCAGAAGGAACAAAGGGGAAAUGGUCAAUCGAGCAUUUAAAUGAUACCACUGCCAUCUUCAGGACACAAGAAAAGCUGUGGCCGGGAGAAUACGAGCUGACGGUGGAUGUUAAGGACCAGCAGGGGCUGGGAUGUCCAGAACCUCAGAAAAUAGUGGUGGAAGUGUGUACCUGUACAGACCAGGGGGCUUGUGACCGAACUGCAUUAGGAGCUCCUAAGAAGGGGACAAGAUUUGGACCUGCUGGAAUUGGCCUGCUCUUCCUUGGAUUGCUUGCAUUAUUGCUCAUUCCACUCCUGUUGCUGCUCUGUCAGUGUGGAGCUGCUGGGAUGGCGGGAGCUUUUACAGACAUGCCCUAUGACACUAAAGAGCAUCUCAUCUCUUACCAUACUGAGGGCCAGGGAGAGGACCGGGAUGUUCCGGCAUUGGGCCCUGUCGACAAUAUUGACAAUGGGAUGAUUGGUUUAAUAUCCAAAGAAGUGGGUGGUAUGCGUUUUGUGUCUGGAGGAGGAGCAGCAGCAGGAGGCUACUUGGACUCCACUUCCACAAUGGGUGGUCGUGCCUACAAUGACAUGGAAAUGUCCUACAUAGAUUCGAUGAGGAGAAAUGAGAACCUUAUGAGUAGAGAAGUGGCUGGAGAUUUUGACGGAAUGGCUGUGUCUGAAAUGUUCCUGGGUGAAUACUAUUCACAGAAAAGCCGAGGAAUGGAGGAUGGAUUUGCUAAGAAUGAACCGAUGGUGUAUGGUUAUGAGGGGAAGGGCUCCCCUGUUGGCUCUGUCGGCUGCUGCAGCAUGCUCGAAGAUAACAAUGACCUAGAGUUUCUGAAUGACCUCGGGCCAAAGUUCACCACUCUCGCCGAAAUAUGUGGAGGUAAAAAGGCAGAGGUCCCCGCUCCUCUUCCUGCCCCUCCCAAACCCGUCGUGGACCGUACCGAGGUGGUGUCUUCAUCAACCAAUGUUAUAAAUGCAGGGAAUAUAGCCACUAACAGAGGUGUAUCUACAAACAUAAUGAAUGUGGCUUCCAACACGGCUCCGACAUCAUCUACUCUUGUGGAGAACGUGGUUGUCACAGACAACCGGCCAACAAUGAUUGCAAGUGUCCAGCCGGCUCCGACUUACGUGGUGCAACAGCAGCCGAUGUACUACAUGGUUGAGCCGCAGCCCACCACGGUACUGCUCACUGAAAGGCCCACCAUGGGACAGGGCAUGUUCGUGCUGAACAGCGGCCCAGUAGCCGAGGGGGUCGUCGUCCAGGGCACCAACAUAGCGUCGAAUACCCUGAAUCGUGGUGAGAGAAUGGUGCUUGUGGAAAGGAGUGGAUCUGCUCAGGCUCUGAACAAUGGACUGCUGAACACAAGUAAUAUGUCUGGAUCACAAGUGUUUUUGGUGGAUGGGGGAGCCACAAGCGGUCAAGUCCUUCAGGGGACACUUCAGAGAGGAGUUUCUGGAUCUCAGGGCCUGAUGGUUGUGGAUGGACAAGGGGGCCAGGUGAUUCAGGGGUCCCUCAAAAGAGGUGUUUCCACUCACGGAGGAUCUCAAAAUGUCCUUUAUGUGGAGAAUAAAGGGGCAUCAGGUAUGGUCCAGGGGGGUCUUCAAAAGGGCAUGGCGUCCGCAGCAGGGUCCUUUAUUGGUAACGUUGGAUUUAAUGGGCCAUCUGUCCAGAUUAACCAAAAUCCAUCAUCACAUAAAGUUGUUGUCCAGGAGAGAAAGGUGACAACACAAAGUAUCAAGUAACAAUGCAACGCUCAUAGAGUACAUGUACAGUUGUGAAAGUAUUAGAGGGUUUAGAAAGCCAUAAAAAGUCUUGAACUUUUCAGCUCAUGCAUGCCAAUCAUUAGAUUAUCAUCUUGGUAACACGUUAGGUCAUGGAGAAUAUGCAAAUUAACGCUUGAAAAACUGGUUUUAAUGCCCUUGAGCUUCUCUGUAUGUGUAGUGCACUAUACAUUAAUUUCUUCCUUUCUUUUUGCAUAUAGGUAAUAUGUUAUUUGUAUGUAUGCAUUCAGUGUGUGUGUUCUUUAAAGAAUGUUGUUUGCACAUAACAUGCAGUUCUAGGAGGAGCCCUGAGGCCAUUCCAGUGCAGUUUAUGCAAAUCACCUCAAAGCUAUUUUCGUAAACAGCUGAUAUAUGAGAACACCUUGUUAAAUGCAUAAAUCAGCCAAGUACAGUCACCUCAAAAGACUGAGAAGGGCAGAUGUUUUUUUUUUUUUUUUCUUAUCCUGAAAUGUAUAGUGCUGUAAAAGACAAUUCAAAAAUCACUUUGGCAUCAGGUGAACUCCAAUUUUGUUUUUUCAGUAGGCAUUUUUGGAAAAGAACAGAUUACGGUUAGGGUUUGGUUUUUAUGUAUUGUUCAUUCCUCGUUAAUGACUUGUAAACAAAUAAAAAGCAAGUCUGAUUAGUACAGUCUGUUUAGAAGCUUGUGGUUUUCCUUUGCCGUGUGUUUAAAUACCAAGACCAAACCCACAUUCCAAGCAAUAAUGUUUGUGCAUGAAAUGAAUGUUAUGUAAAAGAGUCUUAUAUUUGUAAAAUUGUAUUUCUUUUCUCAAAACAUUUGAAAAAAAAAAAAAUACUAAAGUUGCGGUGCUGGGCUUUUUCUAUUGACAGCUCUGGUUUGGUACCCAAAAUGGUUGCUUUUCACUUGUUUGUUAAAGAGGUGGGCAGUGGGUUCCAACUUUCCCAGAAAUGGACUCAUAGCUGCAUGUUGGGAAAGUAUGGUACUGGUUUUGACAGUGAAACAUUUUCAGGGGUCAAUAGAAUAUAUUGUAAAGCAGCAUAAGGCUGUCUAGAAUGUCUUUUUUUUAAUGUUCAUUUUUAUAAAUGUUUGAUAUGUUUGACUGGAAAAGACUACCAAAAGCAAUAAAAAGUCAUUUUAAUGUCA